AUUAAAUAUAAUGAUAGAUAAUAAACCUAAGAUCAAGAUUGUAAAGCAAAAUCAUUAAAUCAAUUCAUCAGCAGCUAAUCCUCAUAACACUUACUUAGAUACAAAAGAAGCAGAAUAUUUAAAAAAUUAUCAAAACAAAACAAACGAUACCUUUAAUUUAUGGGAUAAUAUUCUUGAAUGGUACAUUAGAACAUUAGGAGAUGAACUAUAUAAAUUGGCAUUUAUAAAUAAAGAUAAAUAUUAUAGAAUUAAGGUCUUUUGGCCUUUAGAUUGUGAAAUAUUUUUCCAGAAUAAUAAAUAAGGUAUAUUUAAGUAGAAUGAUAAUUAAAAACCCUAAUAAUUGGAUAAUAUUAGAUAUUACCUUAAUCAAUUCUAAAACUUUGAAAUAGAAGAUUAUUUUGAUGUGAUAAUUUUUCCUUUAAUUGAUAAAAAAAAUUUUAAAUUGACUCUAAAGGUUCUUGUUAACCCAUUUACAUUUUUAUUAGAUCAUUCUAAUUAAGAAAAUUUGAAGUAAAAAAAAAAAUAUUCAGAAAUUGAAGGUCUUUAGCUAUUUUAUGAAUUAGAAGAAUAUAAUCCUUUGAGGUAGAAUACUGAAAAGGAGUUUUCGAUUUUAUCACAAUUAACUAAUAGUAUAUUAAAAAAAUACGUGAUAAGAUAAGAAAUUAUAGAUUCACAAAAUAUGAUAAAACUAAUAGAACCAGAGGAAUUGAGAAGAAGAAUAGCACCUAUCAUAAAAGAAGAAACAAGAGUAGUUCUAUAUGAAUUAUAUUAAGAUUUAUGAGAAUUAUCAUUAUUAAAUUAAUUUUAUGAACAAACAUCUAUAAAAAUUCUCUUCAUUCUAAAAUUUUUAGAAGGAACAAUAAUCUUCAAAUAGGUAAUAUAGAUUAGCAUAAAAGAUGUAAUAAGAUUGCUUUAUGUGUAUCACAACUCAGUCUAUGAUUUGACAGACUUUGCUCAUAAGCAUCCAGGAGGUAAAGCAGCACUGAAUAUUUAUAAAGGAAGAGAUCUGGAGAAGGUAGAUAAUGAAUUUAUAAUUUAUAGAUAUUCUUCAAUCCAUCUAUACAUAAACAUAAUGCAAAUGCUCUUCAAGUUCUAGAGUAAUAUAAGAGUGGUAUUAUCGAAAUUAAGUAAUAGUCAUCCAUUUUUAAUUCCAAAUCGACUAAUUUCACUGUAACUUAGAUGCCAAAAUUACAAUCAAUAUCUAAUGACACUAAAACUUAGCCAAACAAAAAAACAUCUGCAAAGUCUUAAUCAGUAAAACCUAAGUCAUAUCAAAAUGAUGAUAGACUCAACUAAUCAAUGAAUAAUUUGAAUUAAUCAAUGACAAGCAGUGUAAAAUCACAUUUCUUACAUAUUCCAAAUUAAAUGGAAAUUAUGUAAUUAUAGAAGUAAAAACAAAAAUAAUUGAUUUAAACUUGGAAAUAAACAGAAAUUGAUGAACUUAAAAGAUAAUAAGCUGAAGUAUUAAGAUUAUAAAAGGAAAAAAAUUCAGACAAUGAUGAUAGAAAAGUUUAAAGUGAAAUUAUAUCUACAUAAAGAAAACCAUUAAAUCCUUAUUAUUAGGCCUGGCUUGAUAAAAAGAACAUUAAAUUCAACGAAACUAAUAUCAAUAAUAUCUUACCUUUAUCCCUUACUUAAAAUUAUAAAGAAGAUGAUUAAAAUACUAUUUAAAAUGAUACUUAAAGUUAUCAUCAAUAAAAACUAACUUAAUCUGAUAUAGGUUAAAAAUAAAAAAAAAAAAUCAAUCCUUAUUAUGAAGAGUGGAAAAGAAAAUAAGCUUAAAAAUAAUACCAACAAUUAUAAUAAUCUAUUAUUUGUGAAGAAAAUGAAUCAUAACUUUCAGGCUAACCAUCAUCAGUAAAUAAUAGCUUUUAAAGAUCAUUUUCACUUAUAAGUCAAAAAACUAUAGUAUAAGAGGAUCCAAAAUUAUAUGUUCCUGUUUUUUCUCCUAAAUUUAUCUCACCUUUAAAAGCAAAAUUUUAUAAUCCUAUAACAAAUCUAAAUGCAUGA